AAAAAAACAAUGUGUUUUUGACCGGUUGUUUCAAUAGGCAAACAUAAAAAAGUUGUGACAAUUUUCAAUAUAAUUGUUUAUUAAUUUGUUUUAAAUUUCAAAAUGUCAAGUAGUGAAGUUUUGGAAGAAAACGUAGUUGAACAUCACAUCGAUAGUGACGACGAACUAGACGAUGAAGAUGAUUGGAAUGAGGAUGAAGUGGAUCAAGAGCCGACAAAAUGCUUAUUUUGUGACACAAUUGACGAAUCCAUUGAAAAGGCCAUUGAACAUUUGGAGCAUCAACAUCAUAUCACCUUGAGUUAUCUCAAACAAAAAUUCAACUUGGAUCAAUAUUCGUAUAUUAAGAUGAUAAAUUAUAUCAAAAAACAUAAUAUAACAGCCGAGAGCCUGAUUAAAAUCAAUCAAGUACUUUGGAAUGACGAUGAAUAUAUGAAACCGGUUGAAGUAGAUCCAUGGUUAAUGUUUGAUAUUGAAGAACUGGAAAAAAGUCAUUCUGAUUCAAAUAAAAUUAGCGAUGCACACAAAAUCGAAUCGCUGGAGCGACAACUUAAAGAAAAGGAUGUGCACAUAGAGCACUUAGUUGAUCAAAUCAGCGAAAUGAAAAAAUGCUUUGAAGCAUGGAUUGAGCGUUGUUCAGAAACCAAUGGAUCUAAAUCAGACUUUUCACAGCUCACUCAUGAUUUGCCGGAAAAUACAGAACAAACACAUGUAGCGAAAAUUCCAAUAAAAGUCGAUGAAUCGUAUUUUAUGACAUAUGCUCAUUAUGGUAUUCAUUAUGAGAUGCUUAGCGAUACCGUUCGCACUAAUAGCUAUCGUGAGGCAAUUUUGAAAAAUCGUGAUUUGUUUGAAAAUAAAAUGGUACUUGAUUUGGGUUGUGGGACCUCUAUACUAUCCAUGUUUUCAUCACAGGCAGGAGCUAAGAAGAUUAUCGCAGUCGAUCAAUCUGAAAUUAUAUACCACGCGAUUGAUAUUGCACGGAAAAAUAAAAUUACAAAUAUUGAAUUUGUAAAAGGUCGGCUAGAAAAUAUGGAUCUACCUCUGGCCAAAGGUGAAAAGGUUGAUAUUUUAGUGUCCGAGUGGAUGGGUUAUUUAUUACAUUUCGAAUGUAUGCUUGAUUCUGUAAUUUACGCACGCGAUAAUUAUUUAAAACCUGGUGGAUUAUUGCUUCCGAAUAGAUGUACCAUUAAUCUCGUAGCGUUUGGAGAUGUGGAGCGGCAUAACGAGUAUAUUGGAUUUUGGAAAAAUGUCUACGGUUUUGAUAUGGGAGUUUUACAAUCCAAGGUUCUUAGAGAAGCCAUCGUGGAAACCUGUAGAAAAGAAUAUAUUCUAAGCGAUCCAGUUAUUUUAUCCGAUUUAAACAUGAACGAAGUUGAUUACACGUAUCCCAACUUUAAUUAUGAUUUUAAAUUGAAAAUAGAAAAAAGCGGAAAAUUCACAGCAUUCGUUGGCUAUUUUGAUACCUUCUUUGAUCUACCACAAGGUGUAAACUUUUCGACUGGGCCACACUGUAAGCCGACACACUGGAAACAGGUUGUAUUUUACAUGAAAAAUCCAGUUUCGGUUAAUGAAGGAGACAUCAUUUCUGGCCAAUUUCAAUGCAGUCGAGGAAAAACAGAUGCACGAGCUCUUUGCGUCAAAAUUAUUGCAUUUGAUCAAGAACUUUUAUUCAGUUUGUCCUAAUAACUUUUGAAAUUGUAUUUAAAAAAAUCGUCACAUUAAAGAAUUCUUUACAUUUACCAGAAUGUAUACAUUUAUUGUUUGGAAAAUAAAUAAAAAUUCUUUAUACGAUUAUUA